UUUCCAUAUACUCACACUCUCUUAUUAUCCCCUUCCCUUCGUUCCUUAUAUUCUUUCUUACUCUCUCUCUCUCUCUUUCUCUCGUUUUCACUUUCUCUCUGCCAACUUCCCCUCGUUCUCUUUCCAACCCACUACCCUGAAAAAAAUAUAAAAACUUGCUUUCAUUUCUCCCCACCCUAUAUCCAUAAAUGACACCGCGCGAGUGCUCAUCCGACGACGCUCAGUGUGAUCAGUUACAACCAUCAACAACGACAACGACGACGACGACACCCUCCACCACUCCUCCAUCAGACCUUGUCUGCACUGCAUGUCACCAAUCGCUCGAUGGGGAAUUUGUGCGUGCACUUGACGGCACGUUCCAUUGGGGUUGCUUUAGCUGUAUUGACUGCAACAAACCAGUGGCUUCUCGCUUCUUUCCCAUUUCGCAUGACGGAGGUGUGCAAAGACCAUUGUGUGAACGAGACUACUUUCGACGACUGAGUCUCGUUUGUGAGAGCUGUGGCGAGGCGUUACGAGGCCCUUACAUUACAGCAGUAGGCAAAAAGUUCCACUUGGAACAUUUUUGCUGCCACGCUUGCUCGGUCGUUCUUGGCCCUUCCGAUUCGUAUUAUGAGCAUCAAGAUAACGUCUACUGCCACUACCACUAUUCGGUCAAGUUUGCCAUUAAAUGUUCCGGCUGUAGGACCGCUAUCCUGAAGCAAUUCGUCGAAAUCAAUCGAAACAACGUGGAUGAACACUGGCAUCCUGAAUGUUAUAUGAUCCACAAGUUCUGGAACGUUAAAGUGGCCCAAUCGCUCGACGAGGACAAUGGCAGUAGCGAAGGCCUAGGACAUCAUGAUCACGGUGGUGUUACCAAAAUGACGAUGGAUGAAUUACGGGAAGCUCAGGUGGCCAUGGAGGACAAGGUUUACCGGAUUUGGACAGUUCUUUCUGCUUUUGAAGAAUCCGCGGCCGCAUGUAUCUCGGAUAUGCUUCUCCAUGUCUCCGGCGGAAGCUACCUGGAAGGACUGAGGAUGGCGGACUACUUUGUUACGCAUGUGGAAGUAUUGUUCGGUGCCAUUGACGACUUGGUGGCACAACAUCAUGCUAUUGCUCAACAUUCGCCCAAGGCGGAGUUCCAUCACGAACGGGAGUCCAGACUAUUGUGCAAGAAGAUCAUCAACUUUUUUUCGCUGCUCUCACAGACCCAGGAAACGGGUCUUCGCCGGAUGGGAAUUACCGAGGAAUUGUUGUCUCUCGUCACUGGUCUGGCCCAUUAUUUAAAAGUGCUGAUUCGUAUCAGUCUAACUGCUGCUCUCAGAUUGGAAACAAAGCAAAAAGAGUCAUCUGGCAUCAGCCGCUUCUUGAGCCAACUGGUCGAGUCAGCCAACAAGCAACGAUACACCUCUGCCGAUCUCGAUUCACCACUGACGUCAGAUAUCUGCCAUUUCUGCCAAAAGACGUGCGAUGACGAAUGUUUCCGGCAUGCUCACAGACGCUGGCACGACAGGUGCUUUGCAUGUGCCAAAUGCUGCCUUCCGCUUCGAGACGAGUACCAAAAGGCGUACUGUGACCCCAAGGAUUCGACGUUAUUAUGUAGCCAUUGUGGAGACAACGACAAUGCGACUGUAGGAUACUAUGAGCAAGGCUUUGAGCAUGUCUCCCAACUACAGCAAUUCUCAUUCCUGUUGCGCUACUCUCACCGUCGUCUGUACAUGUUGCUCAAUGUUUCAGUUGAUUCCACAAACAACAAAUCCAUCCAGGACCCGAGUCCCGGGAUUGAUAAUAACAACAACACUCCACCAGGCAAGCUGGCACACGACACCCGGACCAAAUCAUACUCGGAAGGCGAAAAGGUCCAAGAGAAAAUCAACCUGGGCGAUAUCAAGCGCAUGAAGUCCACCCACAUGAAGCGCAAAAUGACCGACUCCAACCGUGUGGCAAAACGAUCGACAUUGAUGGAGACUCCAAGUCCGACGAGCGCGUUUAUUGCCAAUGGAUCUGGUGAAACAACAACCGCGGCUGCUGCAUCCGAUCUCCACGCGGCCGAUGAGUGUCAUUCUUUGGACGUCGGCAGAGCCACCACUGCUACUGCUGCUGCUACUACUUCUCCAUCAUCAUCAUCAUCACCAGCAGCAGCAUCAACAGUAGUAACUGGGGGCGGCAUUGUUGCUCCGCAAGAACCCGUCAUCGACACACCACCUACACGUGCGCGCACACAGAGCUAUGAAAAGAUCAAGCCGAUUGGCAAAUCAAGUUAUCUCGCCGAACUCAGUGCACUCAACCACUUUAUGGUCAAGCACAUUGCCGUACUCUACCUCGAGGAGCUAAUGAGAGAGCAUUUCACUCUCGAGGAGCUGGCUGAUUUGAUUGACGACAAGAAGAAUCCUACCUUGUGGGGUAAAUUUGUCACGAGUCUAAAAACCGGAGGCAAUAAAAAACCACCAAAAGAGGGUACAUUCGGUGUACCUUUGGACCAUCUCGUCGAAAAGAGUGGGACACAUUCGAAUUUAGGUGCAGGUCCAAGUCGUAUUCGAAUCCCAACGUUUAUUGACGACAGCAUUGCUGCUAUGCGACAAAUGGAUAUGUCUGUCGAAGGCGUGUUCCGUAAGAAUGGCAAUAUCCGACGACUCAAAGAGAUCAUUGAAGAAAUCGACAGCAAUCCUGCAACUGUACAAUUGAUGAGCGAAGGGCCUAUUCAAGUGGCUGCGUUGACCAAAAAGUUUCUGCGCGAGCUGCCGGAGCCUUUACUCACGUUUAAGCUGCACAAGCUCUUUACAACUGUACACAGUAAGUUUCUCUCUUUGUCAGUUCAGACCGUAUCAGAUGGAAAAACGAGGAAAAAAAAAACCUAAAAGACGCUUUACAAACUGUUGAUAUCCAGGGCUCAAAUCAGCAGAAGACAAGAAGCGGGCACUUCAUCUUGCAUGCUGUUUGCUGCCAAAACCCAAUCGUGAUACCCUCGAAGUCCUGUUCUUAUUUUUAAAGUGGGUAGCCACCUUUGCACAAACCGCUGAAGGCUCUGGAAGCAAAAUGACUUUGCAUAAUAUUGCAACUGUGCUGGCACCAAAUGUACUCUACACUAAAGGAAAAGAUCCUGCCAAGGACGAUUCGUUUGCUUCCAUUGAAGCAGUACAUCUUCUCCUUCAAUACCAAGAAGAGUUAUGCACGGUAAGCCUUGUUUUCUUACAACUAGAAGGGAUACAAAUAAACGAGAGACGGGUGUUUUAAAAUGUGUGUGUGUGUGUGUGUGUGUGUAGGUUCCUGAAGAUAUUGUCAUGC